UUGUCCAGCAGCGCUUUGCAGCCUUUUAAAAGGAUGAUAGAUGUGAUUCCAGUGAAUGUGAUGAUCUCUCCCUCUGUAAUCUGGGCGUCAUUAGUAAGUCAGUAUUAGUCAUGGUGAUUGCUGAGCCUAGGUGUGUGGCCGCCCAGUUUAGCUGCUCCUGAGUCUCGGAACAGGAGGAGCUAAUCAUCGAGAAACUUCCAACCAAAUAGUACCGUCGACGAUGGACAACCGGGCUGAUUUACAGACCCUCUACGCCAGGCUGUAAUCACCCUCAGACCACGCCUGACAGUAAGGAUGAAGACGAUACUUCAAUGACCUCUUUUGGCAUGACCGUGCGAGGCCUCCCUCUGGCCUUAGCAUCCAUGACGCAAACCGCUACCUCUGACUCACGUUUCCACCCAAAAUGGCGAGCGAUCGCUAUGGCGACCCUGCUGGCUUUAGUGCUCAUGUUAUAUUUGCACCGGACUGCAGAGGACUGGGACGGUCCAACCAAAGGUUACUACCGCAACAGGGUUCACAGCUUUCAGAUGCUCAGUCAGGGAGAGGAUGAGAUCUUCAGGGACACAAAUAGACAAACUGCACGAAACCUCGCCCGCCAGCACAGAAGGGAAAAACCAUACAAUUACACAUAUCCGUUAAGUCCGCCUGAGAAGACACUGCAUGGCACCCGCUACCGUAUAGGUGUGAUUGCAGACCUGGACACAGCAUCGCAGAGCUCGAAGGAUCAGACGUGGUUCAGCUACAUGAAAAAAGGUCACCUGAGCGUUUCAGCAUCCGGCGACAGACUGGAAGUGGAAUGGGAUCCAGAAGUGGUCACCCUGGAGAGCCACCUGGCUGAGAAAGGACGAGGUAUGGAGCUGUCUGAGCUGGUGGUGUUCAAUGGUCACCUGUACACUGUGGAUGACCGCACAGGUGUGGUGUACAGGAUUAAUGGCAACCAGGCAGUUCCUUGGGUUAUACUACCUGAUGGUGAUGGCUCAGUCUCCAAAGGUUUCAAGGCCGAGUGGCUUGCAGUGAAGGAUGAGCACCUGUUUGUUGGAGGCCUGGGGAAAGAAUGGACGACGACCUACGGAGACGUCAUCAACAACAAUCCAGAGUGGGUGAAAGUUGUUGGAGUCGGUGGCGAGGUGGAGCAUCAAAACUGGGUGCCACUCUACAACACCCUGCGAAGUGCAGCAGGGAUCAAACCACCAGGCUAUCUUAUCCACGAAUCAGCAGCUUGGAGUGAGCGUCUCCAGCAGUGGUUCUUCCUCCCUCGCCGUGCCAGUCACGAGCGUUAUGAAGAGACUGCAGACGAGCGGCGUGCCACCAACUUCCUCUUGUCCUGCCCCGCAGACUUCAGCUCCAUCACUGUGCGGCGCGUCGGACCUCUCAACCCCACGCGCGGUUUCUCCUCUUUUAAAUUUGUCCCGGACACGGACGAUCAAAUUGUCCUGGCCCUAAAAUCAGAGGAGGACGCAGGCAAGAUUGCCACCUAUAUAAUAGCGUUUACACUAGACGGCCGGGUGCUGCUUCCUGAGACAAAGAUAGGAGAUGUAAAGUAUGAAGGGCUGGAGUUUAUUUGAAAGGGGCAGGGCUGAAGGUGCCGCUUUCCUCCAUGUUAAGCAGAUUAAAAAGGUGACUGACUUUUAAAUUCCUGUUCAGGUUUCAGUUGAAUACGGUGUGACCAAUUUUAGACAUUAUGUAAUUAUGAUGAUUGAGAGGCACGAGGAAAGAUGAGCGGGAAACCCCGAAGGACAGUUAUGUGUCAUCAGCCACAGAGUGGCUGACUGAUGCAGCCAAAAACAGAUGUUUUAAAAGGCGUAUCUACUUAAUUCCAGCACUGCUACACUGCUGUUUAAACCUCCUGGUUUGACACUACUGAGCCUGUUAAACACCAGGUAAAAUCUAGAUCUCCUUUCCCAAAGCCAAACUCUGCAGGUCAGACACUCAGGGAAACGGGGUGAAAAAGCAUUUAAGAAAAAAAUUGAAAUUAAUGUUCUUACAUUAAUAUUUAAGGUCACUCGUUGCUUUGAGUUGAUCUGUAUAGACACAGAUUUUUUUGUCAUAAUAUAAAUGCGGUCUAGACAUGUUCACUAUAUCUAUUAUAUAUAUAAAUCUAUAUUUAUAUGUAAACUGUGCUAUUCUACACAAGCCCAGAGGGAUGUGCUAUGAAGCAAAGUUGAUCAGUUAGUGAAAUAUGUCUAAGGUCAAAAGUUUUCAUUGUCUCAAAGGUGACGUGUCUUUUACUGUUGGCAGAGACCACAAUGCUGAACAUGUAAUUUGGGUUUUACAUCAGAAUUUUGUUUAAAAUCAGCUGUAAGCGCCACAUGUUUACUCAGUUUUAUUUUUUUUUUUUGAUGACAUGCUCUAAGAGUGAUUCCUUUUCACCUGAGAGGAUACAUUUUUAUAUAUGACAUGUUCAGGUAGUAAUACUGCUGCAAAGCCGUUCAGUAAAGUUACUGCAGUGGCAACUGUUAGUGAGACAGAAAAUUCAUUAAAUAGGUGUGUUUUUGUUAGGUCCUGCUUUGCUAAGUUGAGUUUGCACUGUCAGUAGGACAGCCUAUAGAGGACAGAUCAGAGAAUUGAUUAGUCUUUAAUUAUAAAUCAACAAAAAUUAUUCAUUUAUUUGGGCCAGAAACUAAAGCGACCCAGGUGUCUGAGUUGAAUGCAGUUUAUUUAAACAGAUCCAGUUUAAUGUUUAAAAGCUACAAUGCACAGCUGUCGUGUUAGAAAUAACCAGCAUCAAGUGUGCAUUGCAUUAGUACAAUAGUCCAAUUUUUUUUAUUCUUCAUGACCCAUUUCUCCUGACUGGCACUUCAUCAAUUUUGUGCAUUAGAGGGGGUCAAGAUGUCUCCUUUUAUUGUAGAGAGCCUGAAGCAAAAGGGAUAAAGCUGCUUCCAGCAGGAUGUCAGCCCUCUUACCCACAUUAGCUUUAGUAGAUCUGUAGGCUUAUUGAGAGGAACACGAGAAAUCUGCUGACCUACAACAUGCUGUGACGUCAAACACACACCUGAAAUUUCAUCUGGAUGGAAGUGUUUUGUCUUGUGUUUUCUUUAUGGACUCAAACAGGUGUUGUACAAUUCUAUUCAUUUACACACAAUAAACUGGUUUCCUCCUUUCUCUUGGCUGGUCGGGCAUUUGCCGCUGUAGGCAGCGGUCAGGCUCUAAAUUUAUAGAACUUUGUGGCGCCAACAGGAGUUCUUGCACUUUAUUCACUGCAGCAACAAACUGUUGUUUGGUGCAAACCAUUAAAAAUAAUGGGUUUCACAUCGAAGGAGUGCUGCCGACACGUCCUGCGUGAAAGCUUCUUAUCAAAGCUGAUAGCCGUUAUUUUUCACUUAAGGAUUUGUCAAGCCAGAAAUGCGAAGAAAGCCUGGCCAAGCUGAGCUUGCUUCAUAAUACACCCCUCACCUCAAAAGUUGCCUCACAUAUGUUGAAUAAUUAUGAGCUUCUCAAGACAACAUGUGAAACACCAGCUGUUUAAUGUAACCAUAAUUAAACAUAUAUUAAUAUAUUUCCUGUAUCCUCUGAAAAGAUAUAAAAAUGUCUUCAUCUUGCUUAAAUAUCUUGAGUGCCACCUCCAGUGAAAUGUGAUUUAAACGACAAAAAUUUCAAUGUUGCAUCUGCUGUCUUUUAUGUUUAUUUAACUUUAUUAAAUCAACAAAUUGAUCUACAAAAA